GUUGCAUCAAAAAUUGCAGAGUCAGCUUUUGAUACCAUUGGACAUCAUAUAUCUUAUUUGUUCAAGUACCAGAGCUAUAUCGAUGAUCUCAAGAAUCGAGUUGAGGAUCUGGGAAAUGCAAGAGAGAGGGUGGAACAUCAAGUUGAUGAAGCUAAAAAACGAGGGGAAGAGAUUGAACAGGAUGUAGAGCUAUGGCUUGAAAGAGUGAAUGAGUUCACUGAAGGGGUUGUAAAACCCAUAACUGGUGAUGAAGAUAAAGCAAAGAAUCGUUGUUUCAUAGGGUUGUGUCCUAAUUUGAUUCAGCGUUACAUGCUCGGCAAGAAGGCAGCGAAAGCGUUACCAGGUGGUACCGAUCUCUCAGGAAAGGGGAACUUCAGUAGUGUUUCCUACCGUCCUCCAAUACAGAGGACAGAAUCCGUUUAUACUAGAGGCUAUGAGGCCUUUGAUUCCAGGAUGCGAGUUUUGCAGGAAAUUAUGGAAGCAUUGAAGGAUUCUAAUGUUAACAUGGUUGGGGUGUAUGGGAUGGCUGGUGUGGGAAAAACUACAUUGGUGAAAAAAGUAGCUUGGCAAGCAGAGGAAGAUAAGCUAUUUGAUCAAGUGGUCAUGACUACAGUAACACAGACCCCAGACUUGAAGAACAUGCAAGAAGAAAUUGCUGAUCAAUUAGGCCUAAUAUUCCCUGAGCAAAGUGUAUCCGGAAGAUCUCUUCGAUUACGUGAUAGAUUGAAGAGGGAGAAGAGGAUUCUAGUAAUAUUAGAUGAUAUAUGGGCUAAAGUCGAUUUGGAUGUGGUGGGAAUUCCUUAUGGAGAUAUUCACGAGGGAAUUGGCCAGGAAAAAGAAGACUGGAGAGACAGAAAAGAUGAUGACAAACGAUACAAGAUAUUGCUUACAUCUAGAGAUCAAGACUUAUUACGUAAUCAUAUGAAUGUUCAAAAGAACUUCUUUGUUGAUCUUUUAUCUGAUAGAGAAGCAUGGAACUUGUUUCAGAAGAUUGUAGGUGAUUUCGCUGAAACCGCUGGAUUCCGACCUAUAGCAGAAGAUUUGGUUGGAAAAUGUUCAGGUUUGCCUAUUGCUAUUGAAACAGUUGCAAAGGCAUUGAAAAAUAAGAGUCUUCCAGUUUGGAAAGAUGCCUUGGGCCAAUUAAGAAGAUCUAAUCCUAGACCCAUUGAAGGAAUGGCUACGAGUGUGUACUCUAUUAUAGAACUGAGCUAUAAUUUUUUGCGAAGUGAGGAAAAAUCACUAUUACUUCUUUGUGGUCUAGUUAAUACAGGUAGUCAUAUACACAUUAGCUACUUACUAAGAUAUAGUAUGGGUUUGCGCUUAUUGCAAGAUGUUUAUACCUUGGAAGAUGGAAGAAAUAGAUUACAUAGUUUGAUCCAUGGUCUCAAAGCUUCGUCUUUGUUGUUGGAUGGUAUCACCAAUGAUACUGUUAAAAUGCAUGACAUCAUUCAUGCCGUUGUUGUAUCAAUUGCAUCCUCAGAUAAAUUUAUGUUUAAUAUUAAAAAUGUUGUUGAUUUGAAAGCAGUGCUAGAGGAAAAACCCAAAACUUCAAAUGCUAUAUCUUUGCACUAUGGAGAUAUUGGUGAUGAGCUUCCGCAAAGUUUGGAAUAUCCGAAACUCAAGUUUUUUCAUCUAUUCAGGGAAAAUCACUUUCUAGAAAUCCCAGACCUCUUAUUCCAAGGGAUGAAAGAACUCCAAGUUUUGGAUUUGACUGGAAUUUGUGCCUUGUCACUACCUUCUUCACUCCGCUGCCUGAAAAACCUUCAAACACUAUGUUUGAACGCCUGCCUACUAGAAGACAUAGCAAUAGUUGGAGAGCUAGAGAAGUUAGAAAUUCUUAGCCUGCUAAAUUCUGACAUAGAAAAGUUGCCCGGAGAAAUUGGACAAUUGACUCGGUUGAAGAUGCUAGAUUUGACCAGUUGUUCAAAACUGAAAGUAAUUGCACCAAAUGUCAUUUCAAGCCUUUCCCGAUUAGAAGAACUAUAUAUGAGCAAUAGUUUCCUUCAUUGGGAGAUUGAAGGAUUGAUCAACAAUCAAGAACGAAGCAAUGCCAGUCUUCUUGAGUUGAAGCAAUUGUCUCGCCUAACCACUCUAGAUAUAUAUGUUCAUGGCAUCCAGAUUAUACAAGAAGACUUGUUUUCAGAGAAGUUAAUAAGAUACAGAAUACUCAUAGGAGAUCAAUGGAAUUGGAGAUGGCACACUACUUAUGGUGAAACCUCCAGAAUGUUGAAAAUAAAGCUCGACAACAGCAUUUCCUUGAUCCAUCGAGUUAAAAUUUUGUUGAAGAAAACUGAAGAACUCCAUUUAGAAUUGAAUGGUGUUAAAAAUGCUAUUGAUGAACUUGAUGAGGGUGGUUUUGCACAAUUAAAGCAUCUUCAAGUACAAAAUGGUCAUGAGCUCUUAUAUGUUGUUAGCGUUGUUCCUAGCAAAACUGUCUUCCCAAGGUUAGAGUCAUUAUUUCUUCAUAAUUUGAUUAAAUUAGAGAAGAUAUGUGAUGGGGAACUCUAUGCGGAGUCUUUCAGCAAACUAAGAAUUUUGAAAGUUGAAAAAUGUGAUAGGUUGGAGCAUCUCUUCUCGUUCUCCGAGUAUAAAAAGUUUUCGCAGCUUCAAGAAAUUGAAGUCAUUGAUUGUAAGAACCUAAAGGAGAUUUUUGGUGAAGAAAGUGUAGACUUAGUGGUUGAAAACGCAAGGAAUAGUAAGCUUGAGUUCACUCCAUUGCGUUCCCUAGUACUACAAUGCCUACCACAAUUCAUAAGUUUUGGCAUGAAGGUUGUUUUGCCAAGAUUGGAGAACUUGACACUGUACUCAAUUAAAAUUGAGGAUAUAUGGCUUGGUCAACCUCAACUGAUGUCUUCUUUUCAAUACUUAAAAAUAUUAACUGUGGAGGAGUGUAAUGGUUUGAAAUUUCUGUUUUCAUCCUCCAUGGUCAAAAGUUUUAUGCAACUCCAAAAGCUUGUAAUAUGCAAAUGCAAGUCAAUGGAAGCAGUGAUAUUGGACUCAGAAGGAUUAGAAGUACAAGAUAAGAUAAUUGAUAUGAGUUUUCCUCCUAAAUUUGUACCAAACUUGCGUGUCUUCCAAAACUCACAGAUUUGCACCGGAAAUUCAGCUGAAUUUCCCACCUUGAAUGAACUUCACAUUGAGAGUUUCUCUAAUUUGAAGACGUUCUUCUCUGAUUUUUCUGGUGUAGACCUGUUAAGAGAAGAACCUGAGAGAGUGAGCUUGGAGGACUAUAUUAUUGAUGUAAAUCCCCUUUUGACAAAAAGGGUGGUUUUCGUAAAUUUGAGCAUCCGAAGCUCUGUGAAUUUCACUCUAAAAGAAAACUAUGGAAUGGUUGGUUUUCGUAAAUUUGAACAUCUGAAUCUCUGUGAAUUUCUCACCUUAAAAGAAAACAUAUGGAAUGGCAAAGUUCCAAUUGAUUUAUUCUGCAAUUUGAAGUCACUAGUGCUAGAUGGGCUUUUGAUUGCAACUAUUAUUCCAUCCAAUGUGUUAAGCUACUUCAAAAAUGUGGAAACGAUAGAGGUUGCUUUUCCAAGCUUGGAGAAGAUGAUACUCUUACACUUGGAUAAUUUGCAGCUGAUAUGGCACGACCAACUCCAUGGAGAUUCCUUUUCCAAACUAAAAGAAGUGAGAGUCGAAUUCUGUGAAAAAUUGAUGAAUAUUGUUCCUUCUAAUUCUACUCAAGGGCUUCUUCCCUUUCACAAUCUAGAAAGAUUAACUGUUAAGGAGUGUUGGAAUAUGAAAAGCUUGUUUCCAGUUUACAUAGCUGCUGGUCUUUUGCAACUUAAAGAGCUUGAGAUUACGGCUUGUGGGUUGAAGGAAAUUGUUGUUGCCAAGGAGGAAAUAGAUGGGACCCCUAGAUUUUGUUUUCCCCAAUUAACCUUCCUCAAACUUGCUAAGUUACCAGAACUCAAACAUUUUUACGUGGGGUUGCAUAAAAUUGAGUGGCCAAGGCUAGAACGGUUGCUGGUGUAUAAAUGUGAAAAGAUAAAAGUAUAUGCUUCAGAUGGAGAGAGCCAACCUGCCCUGUUUUCAUUUGAAAAGGUCAUACCCAACUUGGAAUGGUUGGGUUUAAAUGCCGAUAACAUUACAUCCAGAUGCCUGGAUCAUAUUCCGGCCAGGAGCUUUAGGAAACUCAAAUUUUUUGUGCUGGUUAACUGUGACAAUGAAUCAAUAGCAUUUUGGUUUGGUGUUCUUCAAAAACUGUACCACCUGGAAAAACUCUAUCUAGCUGAUAGUACUCUACAAGAACUUGAUUACCAAGUGGGCACAUUUCUUCAAAAUCUUCAAACUCUGAAAGUAGAGAGAUGUCAUCUUUUGAAAUAUUUAAUGCCAUCUUCAGUAAUUUCUUUCAAAAAUCUUAAGAGUUUGGAAGUAUUCAGUUGCAAUGGAUUAGCGAAGAUAUUAGCAUGCUCAACAGGAAGGGCUCUUGUCUAUCUUACAUCAAUCCGAAUAAGAGAAUGUAAGUUAGUGAAAGAGGUAAUAGCAAAUGAUGUAGACAACAUUGAUAAAGAGAUUGCUUUCAACCAAUUGAAAAUUUUGGAGCUUCAUUGUUUACCGAGUCUCACAAGCUUCUGCUCAGCCAAUUUCGAUUUCGAAUUCCCAUGCUUAGAACAAGUAAUUGUGAGUCAAUGUCCCAAUUUGAAGAUCUUUUCUCAAGGAGGCUUAAGCACACCAAAAUUAAACAGAGUACAACUCACAAAGAAGAUUGAUGAAGAAUAUUUGUGGAACGAUGAUCUUAAUUCCACCAUCCAUCACAUGUUUGCGAAUAUGGCUGGUUUUCGUAAAUUUGAACAUCUGAAUCUCUGUGAAUUUCUCACCUUAAAAGAAAACAUAUGGAAUGGCAAACUUCCAAUUGAUUUAUUCUGCAAUUUGAAGUCACUAGUGCUAGAUAGGCUUUCUGAUAUUGCAACUAUUAUUCCAUCCAAUGUGUUAAGCUACUUCAAAAAUGUGGAAUCGAUAGAGGUAAAAAGUUGUGAUUCACUGAAAAAAGUUUUUGAUAUGGGAGAGCAACUAGAUUAUGUUGCAGCAAAGAGAAGUCAUCCUGAAAUUUUGGACUUCAAAAAUCUGAAAUCAUUGAAAGUUGAUAGUUGCAACAACUUGAGAUAUAUAUUUACUGCAUCUUUAGUCUCGAGCCUCGUGCAACUCGAACAGAUAGAAAUAAAAAGUUGUGCUUUGGUUGAAGAAAUCAUUACAAAAGAAGGGGAAAAGGAGGCGAUCAUUGAUAAAAUUAAAAUCCCUUGGUUGAAGUCCAUUAAUCUUGAGUCUUUACCAAACUUGACAAGCUUCUAUUCUGGAAGUAAUAUUUUGGAAUGUCCUCCCUUGGAAAACAUCAUCAUAAAAGACUGUCAGAAUGUACAUUUGAAGGACUUCAGCCUCCAUCUUCCAUCCCUUUUCAGUGAAAAUGUUGUGUUUCCUACCAUGGACGACUUAACCUCAUCCUCAAUCAUCACCGAAUGGAUAUGGCAGAGCCAACUGCCAGCAACAUCUUCUUGCUUUGAAAAGUUAACAAUCUUGGUCAUCGAUGGCUUUGAUCAUUUAAAAUAUUUUUUCUCUUCUUCAAUGGUCAAAAGCCUUUUCGAAUUGAAGGAGCUUGAGAUAUCCAAUUGUAAGUUGAUAGAAGAAAUUAUAGUUGAAGAUGAAGAGAGGACGAGUACAAUGCUGUUUCCAAAAUUAUACCAGCUGAAGCUUAGAGAUCUUCCAAAACUCACAACAUUCUGCAGCUCCACUGGAAAUUUUGUUGAAUUGUCCUCCUUAUUCAGAUUGUGGAUUGACAAUUGUCCUGGUAUGAAAUCAUUUGUCUCCAUUUAUAAAUGGAAUGACAAGACAUCAACCAAGAAACUUGAAGAAACGAACUCAAAUGAGAACCUCCACGCUCACAUGCAAUCUCUUUUUGAUAAAAAGGUAAGACUCCCCUGUUUGGAGAGAUUGGUAAUCAGUCAUGCCGAUGAAGUGGAAAAAAUAUGGGAUGAUCAGGUUUCCUUGGAUUCCUUCUGCAAGCUUAAUCGUGUGUUUGUGUAUUUUUGCAAUAAAAUUUUAAAUAUUUUUCCAUCUAACAUGCUCGGGAGACACCAAGAACUAGAGAUGUUGGAAGUACAAAAUUGUGAUUCAGUUGAAGAGAUAUUUGAAGUGCUUGAGAAAAGAUCUGGCAUGGUGGAGGAAAUCGUUGCCAAUGAAGAAGCAGGUCAUAGAUUUGUGUUCUCCAACUUAACAAGGUUGUAUCUACAGAGGCUUCCAAGUCUCAAAAGUCUGUACCCCAACAUACAUAUUUCAGAAUGGCCGGUUUUAGAGGAGUUGAAGGUAUAUGGAUGUAACAAUGUGGAGACUUUAGCUUCAGAAUUUCUGAGCAUCAGAGAGACUCAUAGACAGAGUCAAAAUGAGACCCCAAAUAAAAAAUCACUGUUUCUUGUUUACAAGGAUGCAUUCCCUAGAUUGGAAGAACUUGAGUUAUGUGAGAUGCCCAGAUUGCUUCAUCUGUGGGGAGGAAAUCCUCAACCUAACAACGCUUUUCAAAAUCUGAAGACUCUAAAACUAUCAGAAUGUGGCAGUUUAGAUAAUUCAUGGUCAUCAUCGGUGUCUUUCCAAAAUUUGGUGACUUUGCAAGUAUCAAAGUGUGAUGGAUUGAGAUAUUUACUAAGCCUCUCAAAAGCUAAAACUCUGAAGUGGCUUGCAAGUAUGAAUAUAUCUGAGUGCAAAAUGAUGGAUCAAAUUAUAUCCAAUUUGGAAGGUGAAGUGGUGGGGGAUUCAACUGCUUUCAACAAUUUGAAUAAUUUGGAAAUUCAUUGUUUACCAAGCCUUACAAGCUUUUGUGGUGAAGAUAUUAGUCUUGAAUUCCAAUCAUUGAAAAAAGUAAUUGUCAAACAAUGCUUGAAGAUGGAGACUUUUUGUCUUGGAGUUUUAAGCACGCCAAAGCUACAAACGUUACAGUUGAUAGAAGGAGAGGAGGAAGUUGAAGAAUGUGGGGAAGGCAACCCUGAACUUAAUUCUGCCAUACAGCAAUUGUUCAAUAAAAGGAGUUCUGAGGAAGAUUAAGGCCAUUCUUCGAGUGCAAUGUGAUUGUUUAUAUUGCUUCAGAUAGACUGCAGCUCCAUUUUCCUGAAGAUGAAGAGGAUUUUUCAUUCUGCUAUCUUCAUUGAUGUUGUCUUGAAAUUUGGUUGAAUAGAUUAA